AUGAAAUAUUUCAGAUUGUUUGAGUUGUUGCUUAGUGUGAUUUACGGUAAGUUGAACUUGAAAAUAUGUGAAUUUUUUGUAUAUAUUCUUUUUUCAGUAAACUUUGGUUUGUCAAUGUUGGAUGGUUUUGUAAGUAUUUAAACGGUUUGAUUUCGACAUACACUUGUUUCUUUCCAGUACAAAUGCCCAACUACUGAUACGACGUACGAUCGAGCAACUUGUCAGAACUAUCCUGAUAGAAUGUUAAUAAUUGAUUGGCGUAACGACGCAUUAUGUUGUGGUAAGUUUGAUAAAACUUUACGACGUCGUAAAUUUUUUUGUUCCAGAAAAUAUUAUAACUGGUUUACAGAAAAAGUUGCGUUAUAUUGUCCCAGUGGAAUGCUUUCUGAGUUUAUGAGUAGUUACAGAGAGAAGAGGAUACUAUACAUGACUGCAUUACCCCACAUAAGUGCUUAUGGCGAAUUGCGAGGUUUUGUCUACGAUGCAAAGGAUUUAAAACCAAAGCGCUAUAUUUGUGGUGAGUUUUUGUGAUGAAUCCGCUUACAAUUUUGGGGCUCUAGAAAAAUGAAACACAUUAAUUUUGUAAAUUUUCUCAAUUUAUCUUGUGACAUUAUAAUGAGCGUGUAUUUGAACUUCAUGAAAGUUUGUGAAUCUCUAGAUAUUGUUCAGGAGUUUUUUUUCAGCUAUACCUAUUGGCUAUAUAUGGUACGAUCAGUUAUUUGUUAAACAAGAAUCAUCAAAUCUGAAAUAUUUACCAUAUGGAGAUACUGGAGAAAAUUACAAAAAAGAACAACCAAAAACGUGCGAAAAACAUUCAGAUUGUCCCAACUUUGAUUCAUUUUGUGGGAAUGUUGUGAAUCCAAGAAUUGAAGGUGGAACUUGUUUGGGUGAGUAAAAAUGAAAUAUGAAGGGAAAAUUAGAAGUUUUACUUUUUUGAAUUUACAGGUGAUCGAAGAAUAAAAUGCUGGAAUUAUGCAGAUUGUGAAUCUGUAAGACAUGUUAAGAAAAGUGGUCAUUUUUGUACUAACGCCCUUUAUUUAAAACAAUGGACAAUGAUGGAGAGAGAAAAGAAGUUUUGUUAUAAAAGUGAGUUUGGUUGUGACACCUUUAACUAAAAGCACCUUUUUACAAAACUCAUUAGAUCCUGAUAUUCCCGGAGACACUGCCAUUCAACAGUUCCAAAAACGAGAUUCAAAACUUAAUAUUUUUCUCUGCGACAAAGAUUCGGAUUGUGAUAUUGGAUUAGAGAAAAGUGGAAUAUGUGCAAAACAAAAAGAGAAGGGCGCUUUUAUCAAAUGGACAGGACAUGUGAUUGAUGGUUCAAAAUAUGGAAAAAGAACAUCAUAUACUGGAAUAUGUUUGGAAUCGAAACCCAUUUCAUUUACUCUCUCACAAAUUUUUAUCGACCUCGAUGUUAGUCAAAAAAACGGAGAGAUCGGCAGAAAAUAUUUGUCAAUUAUAUGGAAAAAUCGAGAUCAAACGCCGCAGUGUAACAAAAAUGGUGACUGUAGAAAAGGUGAAGAAUUCUGUGAUAACAUUUACAGUUUGCGCCGCGAUUUACACAACUUUGAUGAAAACUAUAAAUUCUGCUUCAAACUUCCUGAUCCAUCCAACACAGCGCUGAGUUACACAAUUAUUGAUAAUAAAAUUGGAUUGAUCUCUUGUAAAUCUUAUGAAGACUGUCGAACUGCUGGUGGUGAUGCAAACUCAUUUUGUUAUACUGCUGAACCAUUGAAAUAUAAGAGAUAUGAAAAUGGAGCAGUGAAACAAUUUGACGGUGUUUGUAUGAGUGCAAAAACAUGCGUUGAUCCAUCGAUUAUUUAUGAAUGGGAAGAAGGUAGCGUGGCUAAUAGUGGACAUUGUGAAAAGGAUGAUGAUUGUUUGAAUGGUGGAAAAACAAAAGAAGGUGCCAAUAUCAAUAAUAUUUAUGAGUGAGUUUUAACUACGACUUAAAAAAAAAUUCGUUGCGGAAAUGCGACUCCUGGCAGCGUCUUUCUGCAAUAUUAUUGCAUGUGCGCACGGUUUUAGUGAUGAAUUCAAAAAUGUUCUUUAGGACUUAGCUUAAACUUAUGUGAUAUUACAGAUAUCGUUGCAAGAAUGUAACAUCACUUGGCGAAAUCGGGUUUUGUUGCUAUCGUAAAACCGAUAACUGUCCGGAAGGAAAAGUUGUGAAUCCGAAUUUGAGAUGUGGAAAGGAGGAAUCGAAUUCGACUGAAGCAUUCGAGCAAUGUUAUGAUGAUGAUAAAAUAAUUGUCAAAUAUAACAUAUGGUGUGAAACGGAAAUUAAUCAAUGCUGCUUGGAUGAUGAUUAUUCAUUAUGUCCAGAUAAACAAACUCCAUUAUUCAACGAACCAAAAUGUGUGGGUUCUAUCAAGAAUAAUGUGAGUAGUGGUGAAUGUGUGGUGAAAUCAGGUGGUAUUUGCAAAAGGGGACAUUGUUGUCCAAACGCAACAAUGACUGGGAUAUUUAUCAAACCUGAAUUUUCCUAUAUCACUGAGCUAUCGUGUGAUUCCGGCUUUCCCGUUCAUCAGUUCACCGCUGGGUAUUGUGAUCCGGAUUCCAAAAAAGUGGUUAUAAUUGGGGAGAAAUUACCAGAUGGAACAUUGCUCAAAAAAUGGCCGGAAGAUAAUCCCAGAAAUUGUAGUUUUGAUUCAGAAUGUUCCAGCGAUAAUUCAAAGUUAUGUUUGAGAGAAGAACCGACUGCAAUCAGGUUUACCUGUUUCUAUAAUCCAUUGAAACCAUUUCCCAGAAAGGAAUCAAAAGAUGAAAAAAUGAUUUUUAUUAUUUUGAUCAUCAUCUUAGUUGUUUUAUUGGUGGUUGGUGGAAUUGGCGGUUUUUUAUUGUGGAAACUUAAAUUGAAAACGAAAAAACAAAGAAAAACUGGAAAAAAUGAGAAAGAUGGAAAGAAAAAAGAAGAGAAGGGUAAAAAUGGAAAAAAGAGCAACAAAAAAAUUAACUCUGAAUUCAAAUCCACAUCUGGAGUUAGUGGAACUAUGGACAGCCCAAGUAUGAUUUAA